UAGUGACGGUUCCGGAAGAGAGACAUACCACAUCAAAAAUGAAGCAAAUCCUUUUAUUAUCGGUGCUUGCUGUAGCGCAUGCGCAAUUCCCUAACGGUCGUAUCCUAGAGCCUCCAGUACCCCAACAGUGCGUACAAAGAGUCAUCCACGAAAGAUAUGCUGACAAUAAGGGGUACUUCUUCUCUUGGAGGGAUCCGGCUUUACGAGGCGUUGAAGAGGACUGGCUGAGCGCUAGGAACUACUGUCGCCAGCGGUGUAUGGACCUCGUCUCCUUGGAGACAAGUGACGAAAAUGAAUGGGUGAAAGCUCGCAUCGUUCAGGAUAAGAUUAAAUACAUUUGGACAUCUGGCCGUCUCUGCGACUUCAAGGGCUGCAAUCGACCCGAUCUUCUGCCUAAUGAAAUCAAUGGAUGGUUCUGGACAGCAGAGCUUCAAAAGCUGGCUCCCACCACGAACCGCCAGCAAAAUGACUGGUCUGAAGGCGGUGGCAUUGGCAAACCUCAACCAGAUAACCGGGAAUUAAUCCAGGGUGGCGCAGCGGAGCACUGUGUGGCGAUUUUGAACAACUUCUACAAUGAUGGCGUACACUGGCAUGACGUCGCCUGCCACCAUCGCAAGCCCUUCGUCUGCGAAGAAAACGACGCCCUCCUGAAAUACGUGCGAUACACCAACCCCAAUUUAAGAGUUUAAAAUCAUCAUCUUUACUAUUCAAAAAUGUAACCAAAUCAUUAUAAAAUGUAAGGAAUCCAAAAAAAAAUUUAAAAUAAUUGUUACUAAAGAAUGAAUCGAAUCGAAGUUUACAACCAAUUACAAACUCGAACAAAUUUAUUUUAAUUUAUCGAAAAUAAAAUGUAAUUAUCUUAGAUUUAAGGCUUAAGGUUUUAACCUCAAUGAAUAUUUAUUACAAUAUUUAAGAAUAUUAUAGUGGUCAGUACAAACCAACAAUUUCUUAUUUAAUAAAGACUGCUAUUAAUUUAAA